GUUUUAGAUGGAAGAAGCAGAAGUAAAGGCAACGAUGGAGCAAACUCUUUCAAUUUUUGAAAGACUUUCAUUGAAAGCGAGUGACAGCAGAGAUUCUGAAGAUGGCGGAAGUAACAGAACACCAAAGAAGAUAUCCAAAAUUAUUUGUUUUUGCCAAAAAGCGCAGCAACCAUCGACAGCAUCAAGCUACACUGCUCGUCUUUCCAAGGAUCGUGCUCGACAUCGUUACAAGCCAUAUUUAUUGCCUUUGAUAAACAAAAAAGUCGACACGCUUAAGCGCAAUUCUGCCUUGGAAAAGCUUUGGGGCAUUAAAUUAGAAGGUGAUGUCGACGAGCUGCGGUUGACGUUAUCAGAGCAACCAUCCAUUAUGGAAAGGAGUAAGAGUUCAAGCUGUGCAGUGGAAGCAUCACGUUAUUUACCGUGGGAUUUAGCGGACGAAGGUGUGGAUGGCGAAGUUGCCGAACUAGCGGAAUAUUUUAAUCAAUUUGUUAAUAUUUGCUUGAAAAUGUCGGCUUUGGCUGAAAGUAUGUAUGCAUAAAGCUGCGUGCAGCGGUGCUAAUUAAUGAAAUAAUGUACUCAUCGAUAAAAAGCUCGAGCCAGUGAACUUUUUAUCGAUUUUAAACGAACGUUCACACAACUCAAAAAUUUCGCGUUUGUUGGAACUUGCAUUACAUCUUUAUUAUUUAGUGCAUGUCAGAUAUAUUUUCGAUGGGACCUCGUAGUUCUUUCCCCUGAUUUCUUUGACUUGCAUGUAUAGAUAGUUGUUAUUUAGGGGC